AUGGUCAACGUCCACAAGUAUACCAUCGAGGAAAAUUUACCUCAUAAACUUGGUGAAUACAUAUUACAAAAACAAGAAGAUGCUCUAAAGAACGCAAAGUUCUUCAAUGUUGCUAUUAGUGGUGGUUCUUUAAUUAAUGUCCUUGAAAAGGGUUUAGUAGAUGAUUCUACGAUUGCACCAAAGAUUAAAUGGGAUAAAUGGAACGUCUAUUUUGUUGAUGAACGUAUUGUUCCAUUAGAUCAUAGAGACAGUAAUUAUUGUGCAUUUAAGGAUGCUGUUCUUGACAAAUUAUCUGUAUUACCAAGAGUUUACCCAAUUGAUGAUUCUUUAGUGGAUGCAGGAGCCGAAGCUUAUGAAAAGAUCGCUUCCGAAUAUGAAGAAUUGCUACCAAAUAAAUUGGAUUUAUUAUUACUAGGUUGUGGUCCAGAUGGUCAUACUUGUUCUUUGUUUCCAGGGGAUCAUCACAAAUAUUUAAUUCAAGAAAAGGUUAAAAAAGUUAUGUGGUGUCGAGACUCUCCAAAACCACCAAGUGAUAGAAUUACUAUUACUUUACCUGUUAUGGAGGAUGCUGGUGCAAUUUGUUUUGUUACUAUGGGUUCUUCUAAACAAGAAACAAUGCAUCAUAUUUUUGAUUUAAAGGACACUUCAAUGCCAUCCGCUGUUGUGAAUGAACUCUUUGAUAAUAAGGUAAGUUGGUUUGUGGAUGAUCUUGCUUUUGAAACAGUCACUACCAAAUUCUAA